UGUGUGUGUCUCUCCCUGUUGUAAAACACAGCAACACCGGGCGUCUGCGUCAGGAGGGCACACUCCACUCUGCGCAAUUACGCGGACUCCUAACUGGCACAGUGAUCAGAGGACAACGAAAAAGCUUCUUUUUUUUCUCCGGCUACUGAACAAGGUUGAAAUGGACUUUUAAUCACGACAGCCUGACUAUUUCGAGGACUUGCUUCGAGCACUUCAAUGCAGUUUACGGCACAACAGCUGUGAAUGUUGUGAUCUGAUUAUUACGCAUGUGCUCUGAGCACAGCUUUCAGUAGUUCCUUUUUUAGAAAUAGACUUUUUUUCUUUUUAAAUAGCUUUCUUUCUUCUCUAAAAUUGGCUCCCGUACAAACAGCCGCGUUGGAUCCCUCGGCUUAUUGCGAGACUCCGGUGUAUAACCCGGAUCUCUGCCCUAAUAUGAUAGCCGCCCAGGCAAAGUUGGUGUAUCACCUAAACAAAUACUACAACGAGAAAUGUCAGUCUCGAAAGGCAGCCAUCUCCAAGACCAUCCGAGAGGUGUGCAAGGUGGUUUCGGAUGUCCUGAAGGAGGUCGAGGUGCAGGAGCCCCGCUUUAUCAGCUCUCUCAGCGAGAUGGAUAAUCGUUUCGAGGGGCUGGAGGUCAUUUCCCCCACCGAGUUCGAGGUUGUGCUCUAUCUGAAUCAGAUGGGAGUAUUCAACUUUGUGGAUGACGGCUCUCUCCCGGGCUGCGCCGUCCUCAAACUCAGCGAUGGCCGCAAGAGAAGCAUGUCUCUCUGGGUUGAAUUCAUCACAGCCUCCGGUUACCUCUCGGCGCGCAAGAUCCGAUCGAGAUUUCAGACACUGGUGGCGCAGGCAGUAGACAAAUGCAGCUACAGAGAUGUUGUCAAAAUGGUCGCUGACACCAGCGAAGUGAAGCUGCGUAUUAGAGACAGAUAUGUGGUGCAAAUCACGCCGGCUUUCAAGUGCACUGGCAUCUGGCCACGAAGCGCUGCGCACUGGCCUCUGCCUCACAUCCCCUGGCCGGGACCGAACAGAGUGGCCGAAGUGAAAGCGGAAGGUUUCAAUCUUUUAUCCAAAGAGUGCUACUCCCUGAACGGCAAGCAGAGCUCAGCAGAGAGCGACGCCUGGGUGUUGCAGUUCGCCGAGGCCGAGAACCGGCUCCUGCUGGGUGGAUGCAGGAAGAAAUGCUUGUCAGUGCUCAAAGCGCUGAGAGACCGUCACCUCGAACUGCCCGGACAACCUCUGAACAACUACCACAUGAAAACUUUGGUUUCCUACGAGUGUGAGAAGCAUCCCAGGGAGUCGGACUGGGACGAGAACUGCCUCGGCGACCGUCUGAACGGGAUACUAUUGCAGCUUAUUUCAUGUUUGCAGUGCAGAAGGUGCCCGCAUUAUUUCCUGCCCAAUUUAGACCUGUUUCAAGGAAAACCUCACUCUGCUCUCGAGAAUGCAGCCAAACAGACUUGGCGACUGGCAAGAGAAAUAUUGACCAACCCCAAAAGCUUGGAGAAACUCUGAGGUAAAAAAAAAAUCAAACAAAAAACAAAGUUAGUUCACCUCGUCUUAAAAAGUGUGUUAAAGAGGCCUAACGAGCUCAUAAACGGACAGAAAAAUAUUGCCAACCGAUUUGCAAAGUCUUGUGAAAUGUGACUGUCCUCUGUUGUUUAAUAUGUUUUGGCCAGGCCUGUUUCAAGAUGAUUUUUUAUAACAGUUUAGUUUGACAUUAUCCCCGUGCACCUUUUGGUGGUGUCAAUAUUUAGGAUCAGCUUUGGCCCCAAUUAAUCCAAGAGGCCACCUCAGCAGUGGCUUAUUUUCUCUCCGUGCCACACGGUUGCCUAAAUCCUACAUUUCCUUAAAAUGCUUUAAAAUAAAGCCCCCGUGACAAACUUUGGAAAAAUAAAAACCUGCAUCUGUACAUUUUAUACUGUAAAUACAUUCAUGGAUUGUGAUUCAAGUGGUCUGAAAUUGUGAAUGUUGUUCUGUGACACGUAAAUAGGAUCCACCUGUUAAAAUCUACUUCUGAACUUUUUCUUUAUCUGGUAGAAACGUUAUUAAUUUAUACUUGCAUCAGUGGUAGUCUGAUUCACCUGUUUCAAUGGACAUUUUCUAAUUUUUGAAAGUUUACAUUAUGAUGGUAGGGUACCACAUUGUUACAUUGAAAACAUUCCAUCAAUUUACUUGAAUUAUUAUUUAAGGUACUCAAACAUUUUUGAGUUGUUUUUUUUUCCUCUACCAUGCUUAGGCCUACAUGAAAAAAAGAAAAAUGAUAACAUAUAUAUUAUAUAAAUAAAUAUAUUACAGUUUAAUUGGAAAAAAAUGCACUUGAAAUACACUGGAUUAUAACAUCUGUGAUCUGAUUUUUUUAUUUCUGUCUUUGAUCUAAUUUAAAGAGCUAAUAAAACGAGCUGUUUUAUA